AUGGCUGACUCCAAGUUCCCGGUGACUGCUGCCAUCCGAAAGAAUUUGGAUGACGCAUUCAAUCCCAUCCAUCUGGAGGUUAUCAACGAAAGCCACAAGCACAACGUGCCCAAGGACUCGGAAACUCACUUUAAGGUGGUAGUCGUCUCACCAGAGUUUGAAAAGACAAAGACUCUGAUCCAACGGCAUCGUCUCGUCAACGAUGCGCUUUCCAAACAAUUGGAAGGACCAGUACACGCUUUGAGCAUUGUGGCCAAGACGCCAGCUCAAUGGCAAAAAAUGGUGGAUGCAGGUGAAAAGAUAGAGCCAUCGCCAGCUUGCAGAGGAGGAGAUGGCAGUCUACCGUCCAACUAG